AUGAGUCGAAAGAAUAACAAUUUCUCUUUUGAGCAGGAAAGUGACAUCGAUGACAUUGACCUUCUAGCUGACGAUAUACCUGCUUCUAGUAAUCAACAUCAAGCGAGUUCAAACGGAGCUACAGCCGGACAGAACUCUAAUCCUUUCAAGGACCCAUCCAUAGAGGACCAGUACAUCUAUCCGGACGUAGAGUUGGUGGAUCUGCAAAGUCGGAUAGACACAUCCUCAGCUCCGUUGAAUAGUAAUGGGAACCCAUUUGCAGACUCUAACCAGGUGUUCGAUGAUGACAAUGACAUUUUGAACGAAAGAGUGGCAGAUAACAGAAGAGAUCUUCCUGAUUUCAACUCUCCAAAUGAGUCCAAGUUUGAUAUCAAGAUGUACUGGAGUAAACUUUUAGGGAAACCUUAUAGUAAGGUACGAGAUAAUUCCAGCCCAAGGAUCAUCCAUCUAAAUGACCCCGUUACAAACAGUCAUUUUAGAUACAUGGACAACCACAUUUCCACAACAAAAUAUAAUCUAGCGACCUUUGUUCCAAAGUUCCUAUUUGAACAGUUUUCCAAGUAUGCAAACUUGUUCUUUUUAUUUACUUCCAUCAUCCAACAAAUUCCAGGAGUUACUCCAACGAAUCGUUAUACAACAAUCGGUACUCUUCUAGUCGUUCUUACUGUGUCAGCAAUCAAAGAGAUUAUGGAAGAUCUGAAAAGAAAUAGCGCCGAUAAGGAGCUCAAUUCCUCAAAAACAAUGGUACUUGACUCUAAAGCUCAAAAUUUUGUCCCCAAGAGUUGGCUCAAUUUGAAGGUGGGAGAAAUUGUCAAAGUAUCAAACGGCGAGCCUUUUCCAGCCGAUUUACUUUUAUUGAGUUCUUCAGAGCCUGAGGCUCUGUGCUACAUUGAAACUGCCAAUCUGGACGGAGAAACCAAUUUAAAGAUCAAGCAAGGUAAAUCUCAAACUUCUCAUUUAACAAGUCCUCGGCAGCUUUGCAAUUUACAGGGGAAAGUACUUUCAGAGAAUCCUAAUUCAAGUCUGUAUACAUAUGAAGGAACUAUUACCUUUGAUAAUCAAGAAGUUGCCCUUUCUCCCGACCAAAUGCUUUUGAGAGGUGCUAAUUUGAAAAACACUAACUGGGUUGUUGGAUUGGUGGUUUUUACUGGCCAUGAAACAAAACUGAUGAGAAAUGCCACAGCUGCGCCGAUCAAGAGGACAAAUGUUGAACGAAUUAUUAAUCUUCAAAUUUUGGCCCUAUUUGGAAUUCUAAUCACUUUAUCUCUAAUUUCUUCACUUGGAAACAUCAUCAAGUUGCAACUGGACGGGAAUGAACUAGGCUAUUUGGAUCUUGAGAAUACAAACAAAGUGGGCUUAUUUUUCAAAAACAUUCUAACCUUUUGGAUUCUCUUCUCUAAUCUGGUGCCCAUUUCGUUGUUCGUCAGUGUUGAAUUAAUAAAAUAUUAUCAAGCUUUUAUGAUUGCUUCAGACUUAGAUAUUUAUGAUGAAGAAAAGGACACCCCUACUGUGUGCCGAACAUCUUCUUUAGUUGAGGAACUUGGCCAGAUUGAGUACAUAUUCUCUGAUAAAACAGGUACUCUCACAAGAAACAUUAUGGAGUAUAAAGCAAGUUCAAUUGCAGGUCGUUGUUAUAUCAAAGAUAUCCCAGAAGAUAGGAGGGCUAUUGUUGGUGAUGAUGGUAUUGAAAUUGGUUUUCACAACUUUGAGGAAAUGUAUCAGGAUUUAAAUUCAGACGAACUGGGAAACAUUAUUAAUGAGUUCUUUACUUUGUUAGCUACAUGUCACACAGUAAUCCCAGAGGUUCAAGAUGAUGGUACUAUCAAAUACCAGGCCGCAUCGCCAGACGAAGGAGCCUUGGUUCAAGGUGCGGCAGAUGUUGGAUAUAGGUUCACAGUGAGAAAACCGAACUCAGUCGUCUUCGAGAAUACCCAUCUUGGAAGGAAAUAUACCUACGAACUACUGGAUGUUUUAGAAUUCAACUCCACCAGAAAGAGAAUGUCUGGUAUUUUCAAGUGUCCCGAUGGCCGCAUCAGAUUGUAUUCGAAAGGGGCAGAUACCGUUAUUUUCGAAAGGUUAUCACCUAGUGGAAAUCACUUUGUGGAGGCUACUACCAGGCAUUUGGAAGACUUUGCUGCAGAGGGGUUGCGGACAUUGUGCAUAGCGACAAGAGUGAUUUCUGAAGAAGAAUAUUUGGAGUGGAAACCAAUCCAUGAUAAGGCCUCCACAACGUUGGUAGAUCGUCAACAAAAAAUGGAUGAUGCAGCGGAGUUAAUUGAAAAAGAUUUAUUCCUGUUGGGAGCUACAGCAAUUGAAGACAAACUGCAAGAUGGCGUUCCAGAUACAAUUUCCUCUUUGCAGGAGGCAGGUAUCAAGAUUUGGAUAUUAACUGGUGAUCGACAGGAAACUGCUAUUAAUAUUGGUAUGAGUUGUCGUUUACUUUCUGAAGAUAUGAAUCUCUUGGUGAUAAAUGAGGAUUCGAAGGAAGAGACGAGGGAUAAUAUGCUGAGCAAGUUGACAGCGUUGCAUGAAAAUCAAGUUUCUGCUGAAGACAUGAGAUCCCUGGCAUUGGUUAUCGAUGGUAAAUCAUUAGGUUACGCCCUGGAUCCAGAUCUUGAGGACUAUUUCCUUGAAAUCGGAGUAAUGUGUAGGGCUGUUAUUUGUUGCCGUGUUUCUCCACUUCAAAAGGCCCUGGUGGUAAAGAUGGUUAAACGAAGAAAGAAGGCUCUUCUAUUAGCAAUUGGUGAUGGUGCAAAUGAUGUCAGCAUGAUUCAAGCUGCCCAUGUUGGUAUUGGUAUCAGUGGUAUGGAGGGUAUGCAAGCUGCGAGAAGUGCUGAUUUCUCUAUCAGUCAGUUUAAGUUUUUGAAAAAAUUGCUCAUCGUACAUGGGGCUUGGUCUUAUCAAAGGAUCAGUGAGGCAAUUCUUUACUCGUUCUACAAAAAUAUUGCAUUGUACAUGAUCCAGUUUUGGUACGCUUUCUCAAAUGCCUACAGUGGCCAAACUGUUGUGGAGUCUUGGACAUUAACUUUGUACAAUGUUUUUUACACUGUGGCUCCGCCAAUUGUUAUAGGAAUAUUUGAUCAAUUUGUGAGUGCUCGUUACUUGGAUAGAUAUCCACGGUUAUACCGUGUUUGCCAAAAGGGCACUUUCUUCAACGUGACUAUUUUUUGGGGGUGGGUUAUAAAUGGGUUUUACCAUUCAGCUGUCAUAUACCUAUGCUCCAUUUUCAUAUACAGAUAUGGAAAUGUACUGAGUGGUGGUCAGGUUGCUGAUCAUUGGACCUUCGGUACAGCUGUUUUCACAUCUUGUACACUGACAGCACUCGGAAAGGCUGCAUUAGUGACUAAUCUCUGGACUAAGUUUACUUUGUUGGCUAUUCCGGGUUCAUUUGGUUUUUGGUUGCUAUUCUUCCCCUUCCAUGCUACUGUUGGUCCUCUCAUCAACGUUUCCCAAGAAUACAGAGGAAUAAUUCCUUCGGUUUAUGGUUCUUUAACAUUCUGGGCUAUGACUUUGGUGGUUCCAAUCAUGUGUCUUUUAAGGGAUAUUUUAUGGAAGUACUACAGACGAAUGUACCAUCCGGAAACAUAUCAUUUCGUUCAGGAGAUUCAAAAGUACAACAUACAGGACCACAAACCUAGAGUUACACACUUCCAAAAAGCGAUCCGAAAAGUCCGUCAAGUUCACCGUAUGAGAAAACAAAGGGGAUUUGCCUUUUCCCAGGCCGAUGAGGGCCAAGAUAAACUGGUUCGCCUCUACGACACUACAAAAAAGAGAGAUAUAAAUGGAGUGUUGUGGUGA